CGCUCUGAAACUGGAGAGUGCUCGCACGCUAAACAGCACACCGCGUCCACCUAACGCAGACGCACACAUAGCAUUUGUGAACUUCCUCCUCUCUCCGCUUCACCUGCACACUCCCCCGAAGCUCUUAACUCUCUAUACGCAGAGUUUCGGAAGAACAUGGGUCCCAUCAAGAUCGACGAGGUCGAAGGAGAGGUAAUCGGCACCACCGAUUACUUCUUCGUGAAGAUAGGAGAGGCCGUUCCAUUGAAGGACAAUGAUUCCCAUUUCGAUCUCGAAACCCUUCCCUCUCAACCUCUCGCACUCUCCGAACGCUUUCGCCUCAUUUUCGUUGCUCAUUCUUCAGGUUUUUUUGUUGCGAGGACUAAGGAUCUUAUUGAUUCCGCCAAAGAAUUUGAGGACAAGGGAAGUGGCUCUUCGUUGCAGCAGUUGAGUCUCGUUAAUGUUUCUCUUGGGAGGGUUCGCAUAUUGGCUCUUUCUAACGACAAUUCAACGCUCGCAGCUUCUGUCUCCGGUGAAAUACGAUUUUACUCUGUUGAUAGCUUUCUCAAUAAGGAAGUGAAGCAAUCCUUUUCCUGUUCACUUAAGGAUUCAAACUUUGUUAAGGACAUGCGAUGGAUAACUACAUCAGAAAAUUCUUAUGUUGUUCUUUCAAAUACUGGGGAACUAUAUUAUGGAGAGGCUGGUUUUCCCCUUAAAAAUGUGAUGGACAGUGUUGAAGCUGUUGAUUGGGGUGUAAAAGGGACAUUUGUUGCCGUGGCAAGAAAGAAUGUUCUGAGCAUUUUAUCGGCUAAGUUUGAAGAAAGGGUUUCGAUUUCACUACCCUUUGGAUCCUGGAAUGGUGAUUCUGAGGCGAAUUGUAGCAUAAAAGUUGAUUCUGUCAAGUGCGUUCGACCUGAUUCCAUUAUAAUUGGAUGCUUUCAACUUACUGAAGAUGGCAAGGAGGAAAAUUAUCUUAUCCAAAUUAUUAGAAGCAGAGUUGGUGAAAUUACCGAUGGCUGUUCUGAAUUAGUUGUCCAAUCCUUCUAUGAUAUUUAUCAAGGACUAAUUGAUGACAUUGUACCCUAUGGAAGUGGACCCUACCUUUUAUUGACGUACUUAGAACAAUGGUAA